AUGCCAGUCCCGGUAUAUGGUGAGAAUCUUCCUCACAUCCUAGACAAAUGGCCAAGAGCGCAAUGUGAAAAACCAGAGCCGUUCAGACUUCCACCAAACACCCAAAGGCAAGUCCUCGAGAGACGGGGUAUAGAUCGAUCAUCAUCGCUUUCUGUUCCAAAUCCCAGCACAAGUGCCAGGCAGAAAAAUAGCGAAAGUAAAAGGGCCUCACUGUGUAGGUUUCGAGGAUAUCGUUCAUCAACCCGGGUGGGAUCUGUGGCUCCUUUGGGGAAUACAGAAGAGGACGACUACUAUAGAAAUGAUUCUCUGAAGUAUUGUCGACAUGAGAAAAAAAAAGAAAAAGAGACUGGAAUUCCGGCAGAGAAGUCGAGAAUAUAUACUGGGCAGUGGUGUCCAGUGCGCCGCUGCAUUCACUCGCACGGGCCAGCUGAAGUUUUGGGGGGGGGGGCAACCAACCGAGGGAGCAACCAGCAGAGCAACGAAGCAGGCCGGUCCUGGUGA